CGCUCUGGUACGCGGGCCACGGAAGGGGCGCGCAGGAUGCGCGGGGUCUUCCCGGGUCUCUGCUUGGCGCUGUUGGCGGCGGAGCGGGCAGCGCGGCUCUGUGCCAUCAUCCACUACCUCAUCUGUGGGCAGCUGGGCUGGUUUGGGUUGACCACAGCCUGCAUGGUGCCUGGCUACGUGGUUCAGCUCCUCAGCAUCCUCUGGUUCAGGGCAGAUGGGCAUCCAUCUGGCUGUUGGCUCCUGGUGCUCCACAUCCUACAGCUGGGCCUCUGGAAGAGGUACUGGGAUGUUUUGUGGAUGGCAGCCAAGACAAGUGGCAGCUCCUGUGUAGGGGAGGUGCUGAUGCAGCACGGGGACGUGUGUGUGCUGCAGCUCCUGGAAGCUCUGCUGCAGACCCUGCCUCACCUCCUGCUGCAGGUCUACGUUGCUGUGGCAGCUGACUCAGUGCUUUUCAUCCCUGGUCUCAGUGCUGGGCUGUCCCUGCUCUCCCUCGCUUGGGCUUUGGUCUCUUACAGCCACUUCACCUGCCUGCUGAAACCUGGACACCUCUGCCCACCUCCCACAGCCAUCCUCUGCCUGCUGCUCUGGAGGAUGGGGAUGCUGGGGACCAGGGUCCUGGCCCUGGUUCUUUUUGCCAAGCUGUAUUCCUUUUGGGUUUUGGCCGUGGCAGGUGUCCACUGGUUGAUCAUGUCCUUCUGGCUGGUGGCCCAGCAGACAGACAUAGUGGCCCAGCCCUGCUGCUGGAGGCUGUUUAAUUGCCUGCUGGGAGCUGUGUACAUCUUCUGCUACAUUAAUGUCCGUCCUGGCCCUUCCAAGCAGAGGGUGGCUGUGUUUUAUGCUAUAAUGCUGAUGGAAAACACCCUCCUCCUGCUGCUGGCCACCAGGUUCCUGCAGGAUGAGCUGAGGAACAGUCUGUGUGUGACUGGGGCUGUCCUGUCAGGGUCUGUAGUAGGUGCCACAGCUCUGGGGGUGUAUUACAGCCUGCUCCACCCCAAGUCUACAGAGAUCUGGCAGGGUUUCCUGCAGACAACCUGCAGUGCUGAGGCUGAUGAUGAUGAUCAAGGUGAUGGAGAUGGCUCCCAAGCUGGGCAGAGCUUGGAAAUUUUGGGACACAGCAGAUCCUUGCCAGAGGGAGACACCACAGCAGGUCCCCAAACCAUCUCGUGGCUCCUGCAGCUUGGGAGGCAUCUGGAGGACAACUGGACCAACCAUCACCACUGGCUGCUGGUGAAGAUGGCCUUGAAGACAGGAGAUACGUCCACAAUCAAGGCAGCUUUUGGAGAUGGUGGUGUGGGAGAGGUUUACCCUGGAGUGAUGGGGAAACCCUCUAGCACUGAGCCUGAGGCAAACCUUUCCCUCCCCACCAGGGAAAUGGGUCCUCAAGGUGCUGAACCUGCUCUGGCUGCUGAGAAACUGAUGGUGGCAGAGGAUGGAGGAGGUGACAAACCCAGUGCUGGGGCUGCCACAAGAGCACAGGAGGACAUAGCUGGGCAGGAGCCUGGUUGUCCCCUGACUGUGUCCUUUCCCAGGACCUUCUCUCCUCAGGCAACUGGGGGCUCCUCUGUGUAUUUCACUGCCAGCCCAGGAGGCAUCACCUCUCCUGGCAUGGGGACAGCCAUAGCCACCUGCAUGGCCUUGGCACAAAGGGACAGCCAAGCCCAGCAUCCCCCAGGCUGCCUGGAGGGAGGAGAUGUAUCUCUAGGGAUGGCAAGCAUCAGCCCAGUCCUGGGGACUGGUGGCCACAAGCAUCUUCAGAGCAGCUUUUCCCUGGGUGGCCUGAGCAGCUGCAGGGUGUCAGGUCCCCAAGAGGGCUCAGAGCCCACGGGGACACAGGGUGCCCUCACGGGGUGGCAUCAGCUUUGGGACACCUCCCAUUGUGGCACGCAGGGGACUCUGGUGAGGAGGAGUGAGCUGAGGCCACCGUGCUUCACCUCCACCCCCAAAGCCAACUCCAGGUGCCCACAGCAAGAACUGGGGGAGCUGGGAGAAGGAAGGAACGUGUUCUGGGGUGCUGGAGUGACCCUGGAAAUCCCUGCAGCCUCACCUUGGGUCAAGGGUGGGGUGACCACCUCAUUUAUAGGGUACAGAAGGAGGUGAUGGGAUAUUAAUGUCAAGAGAGUGUCCCCAAGAGUGCCCCUGCAACCAUGCAGAUGUGGUCUUGCAUCUUUAGGACAUCUCCUUCCAUCUUGCUGCAGCAUCUUGCAGUUUUGGAGAGCUUCAGAUGUCUUAAAAACCCAGGUUUGGGUGUUUGUUGAAUUUAUUUACAUCAUGGUCCAGCAAGGCAGCUGGAGCACUCUGCCUCUGAUGGAUUUGUGACCAUAUCUUCAAACAUGUCCUUUAACCAAGUGCCUCUACAAGCUGCUGGCCUGUCCCAGCAAGGAGAUCCAGCUGCUGGCUCCAGGGGCUGCAUUGGUGCCCAAAGUAGGAGUCAUCUCAGGACAAAUAAGUGCCUAACCCCCCAAAAUAAUGAGUUUUGCUCUCAGAUGCCAUUCUUUUCUGGGCAGAGUAAGCCCUGAAGUGAAGCAAAAUGUUCUUGGUUUGGUUUUCCACCAGAUUUGUUUUCAUCUUGAGUGCUUUACCAGCUCCAUUUGCUGGGACCACAUAGGAUCACAGGUCCUCUUCAUACUCCAGACCAAGACCUCAGGACCCUGACUUUUAGACAAAAGCCAUGUCCUGCUCUCUUGUCCCCUGCCCUGCUUCCUCAAGUGACCUCUUCUGCCCAUCCUCCUCCUCACUGCCUCCCACCCAGAGCUGGCUGGAUGCUCCCAACUAAGUUUCACUUAGAGCCAAAUCCCAAAGCAGAUGUCCAGGUUCCUGCUGCUGGAAAAUCCCCCUUGCAGGCAGGGUUGGUUUAUUUCAGCAGCUAAAAUGCUGAAUAUUGUGGUCUCAGAACGGGCAAGUUCUGGAUGUGGGUUUGUGUCCAGGACAUGGCUUGAUGGGUUUGAUUGAGGCCUGGGCAGUUGGGUUUCACCAUCAAGCUCAUGGUUAUCAGCUGCUGCACAUCUGGCUGUGUCCUCCAGAUGUUGUCCCACUGUGGGCAGGACCCUAGUGGUGCCACAGGGCAGG